GUCUUAGGGGAAUCAUACUAAUACUUUGAAGCGAGCCUCUGAGUUUGACUGCAUUAGUGUGAGCUGCGACGAUUUGACAGCCAAACGGGGAUUACUUCAUGCUUCAGUAACUUUGGUCGUCAGUCAGCUCAGGUGUGAGACGAUGCAGCAAAGCAGCAGCAGCAGCAGCAGCAGGUUGAUGCAGCAGCUGUGGGAAAGAUGGACGUCCUCGGUGAAAAACCUUCAGGAAGAUCCCUGGGUUGCUCGGUUGAUGACCACGAGGAUCGGCCAGUACGUCAGCAGCCAUCCUUUCUUAGCUCUCACUCUGCUGAUGUUCAGCAUCAUGGCUGCCCUUCCUGUUGGCAUCUUCCUCACAUUUGCCCUUGUGACAGCCAUCGUUUCAGCAACAGGUUUUGUUUUCGUUGAAGUGAUCCUUCUGAUUGUUGGAGGCUUGACCCUGCUGUCCAUCCUCGUCGGCAUCGCCUUGUUCUCUCUGCUGGUUUCAGUCGUCGUUAAUGCAUUCAUCAGCUCCAUUCCCAGCCAACUGAAAAAUUAUUUCACACACUGGGCGAAGAAUGGCGUCAACCAGGCGCAGAAGACUGAGAAUGAAACUUCCGGAUUAAAGGAGUUGUAGUAGAUUGCUUUGUCCUCCUAAAAGUUUUCAUAUUUUGAGGCGAUUUGGAUCCAAUCUGAACGUACUGAAUGUUAGCCUGAUGAAUGUGGUUUGUUGUUGGAACAGACUUGCUGAGCACCAAACUAACUUAUGCAUGAAUGUCCACACCCAAAAUGUGGUUUAAGAGGUUUUACAGGAUAAUUCAUCCGUCAAAGUACAUGCUUGAGUCUUUUUACAAGUCAAUGUCUUUACAGCAAAGUAUAUAUCUGUUAUUAAUCAUCUUAUUCAAAGUUAUCCAAAUAUUAACUCUAAUUUUCAACUGUGAUGUGCCUUGACUUUUUUUUUUCUUCUUGCUGAUCUUAAAAUGUUUUACAUUUCUUGGAUUUGACAUUCCUUCUAUUUUAUUCAGCAAAUUUUCUAUAUUUUUUUUUAAAUAGAAACAUCCACCAUCUUGGUUUUUACGAUACAAUGGAAGUUGUUUCUUUUUAAAAAUAAAGUUUCUUGAAUUGA